ACCCUUUUCUUAAUUUUUCAUCUCAAUUUGAUAACCUUUUGCUUUUGAUUUCUCUCCUUUUUGGUUGAUUGUAUUGGUGAGAUAAUGUUAGGCUGUUAGUGCUAAUGGGUUUAAUCUAUUUUAUUGUUUCGUGUGGGUUUGGAUGACUUUGGAUAUUGGAUUGUGCCUGUGUGGUUGCCGAGAAAUGGUUCGGGUAAGGUGCUUUGUAGAGUUUUUGGGUAUGUUUGGCUGCUGAGAAAUGGGUCUUGGAACUUGUUUGCAUGGUGGGAGUGGCUUUGAACGGGUUUUUGGCGAAUUUUGUUUUUGAUUUCUUUCCUUUAUGUUCUACCGUAUGGUCAAGACAGUAUAUAUAAUCUAUUAUACUCUCAAAUAGUUAUCACUUGAAAGGGUUCCAUGGCAGGUAAUGGCCUGCCAUCUCUGGGUCGUGUGAAACUCUGCGAUCUGAUUGCUUGUGAAGGCCUUCCUUCUGAUUCUUAUAAGUUAUCUGUGUCCACUUUGUCACAAUCACUAGCUCAAUAUUCUGCUGCUAUCAUUCAAUUUCCUUCAAGUGAUGGAGCCCUUCUAAGGUCUGGUUUGGAUUCUGCUCACCUCUACUUCCAUCAAAGAGCAUCUUACCCAGCUGCAGAUAUGAUCCAUAACAAUGAAUCUCGUGAGUGGUGCAAGACCUCUGGUUAUUAUGCAGAUCCGCAACAGUGGCAAGAAACCUAUGAUUUCAGACCAGGCUUAACUCCUCCAGAAUCAAAUAGCGGUUUGGAAUUCCCUCCAGCUGGUUUGCCAGAUAUAUUUUCUCUGCUUGGCAAAGCAGCUCGGGAUAUUCUGGAUGCUAUCAGCUUCUAUUUGAACUUGCGUAGCUCGCCUUUUACUGAAAUACUCGAUAAUGUUCCCUUGAGAAGUCGUGAAAUAUCAUCUUCUGUACUGUCUGUUUGCUGUUAUGGAAGGCCAUCCUUUCAGGGACCACAACAUCAUAAUUUAACUACCCAAGAGGAUGGCCAAUUAGUUAUGUUUUCUGAUCAUGAGCACCAAGUUGAUAAAAGCCUGAUAACACUUGUCAAGUCAGAUAAAGCAGGCUUACAUGUAAGAGACUUUCAUGGUCGUUGGAUUCUUGUGGAUGGGGAUCUUGGUCCCCAAGAAGCCAUUGUUUAUCCUGGACUCGCACUCUACCAGGCAACUGCUGGCUAUGUUGGCCCUGCACUACACCGAACAGAGAUUAGUAAUAUGCAGGGUAAUAUGUAUGGACGAUGCUCUCUAGCUUUCAAACUCAUGCCCAAAUCCAUGACCAGUCUCAAUUGUUCGGAGAUGAGGGCAGCUGGUCAUGGGGUUGAAGCUCAGUUUCAGCUUCCAGUACCAGUGGAUGACUUUAUGCAGAGAUCCCACCCCACCGAGCAACUUUUUAACAGAAACAAUUUCCCAAGUUUCAAUUUUCCUACAGCCCAAGAUGGAUCUAUGAAGCCCUUGAUGAGGAGGAGGAAGAAUAAUUCUAGAUGCAAACCUCUCCCACCUUCCAAGAGGUUACGACUAGAGGCACAAAGAGUUCUCAAGGAGAGAGUUCAGGAUAUUGCAGAUAAGAAGGGCAUCAAGUUGAGGUUCUGUAAUCUGAAGGAAUGUGAGAGUCACAUCCAUACACUUGACAGUCCUUGUGCCAAUACAAGAAUGGAGAUCGGGUGGCCACCAGGGGUUCCAUUUGUUCAUCCUCAUGAUCUACCAAACAAGGCAAAGAUUGGUUUCUUGAAGCAUAUGAACCUGGUUGGACAGCCACUCAUGAUAUGGAGUUAAGUCUAAUAGAACCUGGACAGGCCAGUCAACACUCGGCUAACUGUAACUGAAUCAAUCUCCAUAACUUCUGAUGUGUGGCCACCCUUGAUCAGCUUGUGAUUAUUUGUAGCUGCUUGAUUCUCUCUCACCAUGGUUCUGAGACAUUGUCAUCCUCAACUGGAAAUCUUAUAUUCCUCAUCCGGGACUAGUUGGUGUGCCAUACUCUUGAGUUUGUCCUUCAUUCUCAGCUGACCUUACAGGGAAUCAUGACCCAGUAAUAGAUUGCUUGUAUUUAGAUGAUUUUGAGGGAACUUGGAUUAGUUUCUUGCAGUUUCCUCUGAACUAAUUGUGUUACAGAAUCACCAGGGAAGACUUACUUGUGGCUGACCUUUAUAAAUCCUCUGAAGUUUUGUACUAUGAGCUAUACCACUCACCAACUCUGUUUGAAAGAGAGAACGGGAAUUGUUUGGAUAUCCUCACCUACUUGAGACACAUUAGUACAGGUUUUUAUUGCAAUGUUUUCUGCUUCGAUUGUCCCAACUGCUAUUUAUGGAGAAUGUGAGCUUACGGACUAAUAAGGGUUCGCAAUGUUUCCUAGUUGUACAAAUUUACCAGUACCGAUCUCUUUUGUUGGAUUGGUGACUAUCCGAUAUUUAAAUAUGAGAUGUGCUGUUUCUGAUGGUCGCACUUCCAUCAUGGUGUUUUUUCUUGGAUUUUCAUUAUUACUGUUUCUGACUGAUUUCUGUAUGAUGAUCCAUGGGAUUUUGAUAAUAAGCAAGUUUUACUUCCUA